AUGGCUCUCAAGGAAGGCCUGAGGCCCAGGAAGAGAACCUUCUGGCGACUGAUCCUGCUUGCACUUGGCCUCUUAGGGUUGCUCCUUCUGAACUGGCUCCCUAUAUUCAGGAAGCUGGAAGUCUUCAUCCCCAUGGGUGUCUGCCCUUCAGCCACAAUGCUCCAGAUGAAAGACAACUUCACAGGUGUCCUGCGUCCCUGGGCCCGGCCUGAAGUCCUGACCUGUACUUCCUGGGGGGCCCCCAUUAUUUGGGAUGGCACCUUUGACCCAGAUAUAGCCCAGCGAGAGGCCAGACGGCAGAACCUCACCAUUGGGCUGACUGUCUUUGCUGUCGGCAGGUAUCUGGAGAAGUACCUGGCACGCUUUCUGGAGUCCGCAGAGGAGCACUUCAUGGUGGGCCAGCGCGUGGUGUACUACGUGUUCACCGAGAGGCCCGCUGCUGUGCCUCGCGUGGCGCUGGGCCCCGGCCGUCAGCUGCGAGUGCAGUACGUGGUGCGCGAACGGCGCUGGCAGGACGUGUCCAUGGCACGCAUGCGCACGCUGUACGAGGCCUUAGGCGGGCGUCUAGGGCKCGAGGCGCACUUCGUGUUCUGCCUGGACGUGGACCAGCACUUCAGCAGCACCUUUGGGCCCGAGGCGCUGGCAGAGUCAGUAGCGCAGUUGCACGCCUGGCACUACCGCUGGCCACGGUGGCUGCUGCCCUUUGAGCGCGACUCGCGCUCAGCCGCCGCAAUGGCCCAGGACGAGGGCGACUUCUACUACCAUGCCGCCUUGUUCGGGGGUAGCGUGGCCGCGGUGCGCAGGUUGACGGCUCACUGCGCGCGCGCCCAGCAGCAGGACCGCGAGCGCGGCCUCGAGGCACUCUGGCACGACGAGAGCCACCUCAACAAAUACUUCUGGCUGCACAAGCCCGCCAAGGUGCUAUCGCCCGAGUUCUGUUGGAGCCCGGAAAUCGGCCCACGCCCCGAGAUUCGCCGGCCCCGUCUGCUCUCUGCGCCCAAGGAGUACGCGAUCCUGCGCGACUAG